AUGCUCUUAAAAACUUUUCUGUUCCUCGUUGCAGUACGAUCGGUCAAUGCGGAGUGCAAAUGCACUCCAGCAGAUGACUAUUGGCCCUCGCAAUCCGACUGGAGCUCCCUAAACAAGACGGAGAACGGAAAACUUAUUGCGAACCAGGCAAUCACCACCCCAUGCUUUCAAGGCGCAAACUACGACGCUAAGACAUGCGACAGUAUCACUGCAAACUGGAGCAGCUCCUGGCUUUUAGAAAGCUCUCCUAUUGGGUAUAGCUAUCCAUUGAUUCAAACAUGUACCCCCUCGAACCCGUCUUUAAAUUUGAUGUGUGACUUGGGUUCGGCGCCGGUUUUCACCAUCAAUGCGACGAAUGCGAGCGAUGUUGCCGCUGGGAUCAAGUUUUCCAAAGACAAUAACGUGCGGUUGGUGAUUAAGAGCACAGGCCAUGAUGUUGUGGGAAGAUCCGAAGGCUACGGCAGUUUGUCUAUCUUAAUCAAGCAUACCAAGGAUGGCAUUCACUUUCAGGCACAAUAUAAUUCUUCCACAAAGUGUAAAUCCAAUUGGACCGGAAGCUCUCUUACCGUUGGCGGUGGGUACGUUUGGGAAGACGUAUAUGCCAAUGCAGCCGAGCACGGUACCAUUGCCGUUGGUGGCAGUGAUAGGAGUGUCGGAGUAAUUGGUGGCUACCUACAAGGUGGUGGCCAUGCUUCUGGAACAAAGCCUCAAAAUGCCCUCUUGGAGCUCUGCCUCGUUGGUGGCGGCAAAGUUCUCGACCCGGCGCCGCUCACAUCUGUCAACCCUGACUACAAACACGACUGGUACGGCGACAUGUACGAGUGGCUUAGCUCUGUUUAA